GUGUACUUUGAAAGAUGGCCUUGGUUUGUUGUAAUCGUAUAACGUUCAGUAAUAAGGAGUUCACUUUGAAGUAUAAAUGAGUUAUCAUAUCUUAUCUCUUGGCUAUCACCAUUGAACUGCAGCGACGAUACAGCACAAGCUGAAAGCAAAUUGACAAUUAAAAUGCUAACUUAAAGAGCCUACUGCAGUAUUUUGUGAUCCAUCAAUUAUGCUGUAUCCAAAUCUAUCACAUGGCGUUUGGACGUCUGAAAGGUCGGCUGUGUGUGAGCCUUGCUGUGUGUUUCUUUUGCUAGGAAAAUGCAGCCCAAGUUGUAGGAGAGUCGCCGCUAAGUACGGCUCUGUCACCACGAGUGUAGGACGUGUGAUCAUGUCGCUGGCCCUACUGUUACAACUGUCCGUCAUCUUCACAUGUUACAUUUGGAAAGGAUGUCUUGGGUCAGACUUUUCGACCAAACUCCGAGAGGAUCUGCUGGCCAAUUACGACAGAGCGCGACGACCGGUGAAAAACGUGGACCACAACGUCACGGUGGAGUUCCAAGUGGCGCUCAGGCAAAUCUCAGAUCUGGACGAGAAAAACCAAGUGCUACAAACGUUCACGUGGGUUCGGGUGUACUGGAAGGACGAAUUUCUCUACUGGAACACGUCUGAGUAUGGCGGGGUCGACGAACUGCAGUUCUCACCAUCCGAGCUAUGGAUUCCCGAUAUAUACUUAUACAACAAUGUUGACGCGGGCAGUGACGGUGGACUUCACGCAAUAACCAACAUCAUCGUGACCCCCACUGGGAAUGUGAAAUGGUUGGCCCCUAUUGCCUACACCAGCUCCUGUAAGAUUGACAUCAGACUCUUCCCUUAUGACGACCAGAACUGCACCAUGGUCUUCGGCUCAUGGACUCACACGGGUAUACAAGUGGACUUGUAUCCAAAAGGCGAUACGGGAGACUUGUCAAGUUACGCCGACAAUGGAGAGUUCGAACUGAUGGGGAUGCCUAUGGAAAGAAAGGUCGUGUACUACCCUUGCUGCCCGGAGCCGUAUCCCAACCUCCACGUCACCAUAUCCCUCCGCCGCAGGACCAUGUUCUACUUCUUCAACCUCCUGUUGCCUGGUCUCGUCCUGGAGGUCAUUAACCCCUUGGUGUUCUUCCUGCCUCCGGAUUCCGGAGAACGGAUCGGGUUCUGCAUGACCAUCCUGCUGGCCCUGGUUGUGUUCUUACAGAUCGUGUCGGCCUCCAUGCCGCCUACGUCAGAGGCUAUUCCGCUUAUAGGUGAGUUUUACGCGGCGAGUAUCUUCAUCCUCGGCGUGACAGCUCUACUGAACAUCCUGACCCUACACGUGUACUACCACGGCUCAGGACAGAAACCCAUGUCCAACUUCAUCCGCAAAACCUUCCUGAAGUGGACGGCCCGACUCCUGGGCAUGGGGGACUUGUCCCAGCCGGACUGCCCUGUAGGGUCGUCUGAGUGUCAUCAUUACUACGGACCGGUUCCGACAGGAAAAUCCGGAAACCGAAGCUCAUGCGACACCGAAGCCGACAUCAGCUGCCGCAUCCCCGACUCUCCACGGGCGGGACAGGACCUCCUCAAGGCCGUCAUGGAAACCAAGACAGAACGGAGCUCCAAGAUGUUCGGGCAGCACCUUGGAGAAAUCUUACGGUCUGUCAAGUACCUCAUCGGAGACUUUCAGGACAGGAAGACGACUGGGAACCGGGAGUCCGAGUGGAAGACGCUGGGACUCGUGCUGGACCGCUUUCUCAUGUUCUUUACGAUUUGCUACACCAUUGUUGCCAAUGUCUUACUGCUUUUACCAGCGCUGAACCUCGCCUGAGCUUGUAUUGUAAUGAGAUGUAUCCUGAGUAUCUAGUUUCAUGAAUAGGGGUGUACAUCGAACAGUGACAUUUUCUGUUUUGAUUUUGUAGAUGUCUCUGAUGAUUUAUUUCAACGUUUUCAGAAUUUGUAAAACAGUCAAAGUAAUAAGGUUUGGAGUACUUUUAUAGUUUCUGUGGUCUUUGAGUCUCGAAUGUUCCAAAUAAUUUUAGUACUUGAAACAUCCCAAACUCUAUACACAUUCUAUCAAAAGGCACAACAAUGCCUGGCUUUAUACUAAAAUAUCGUCCUAUAAGUAAGGCAUUUAACGUAUCCCACGCGUCAAGUCAAGGAAUGUAAUGUUGAAUUGUAUGAAAUGUAGAUUUGUCUGCGUCCUAAUUGCUGUCAAUAAAUAUAUUACAACUGCAACAUAUAAAAUGAUGAGAAAUAUAGAUAUCCGUAGAUUGUAGAGAAUGGGAACAAAGAACAAAGAAACUCACUAGCCCCAAACGAUGUACAUUGACUGACAUUAAUGGACGCGCAUGUACCUGAUGUUUGCCGUAGAUAUACUUUAACAGGCUAAGCCUCUUAGUGGUGUAUACUGUCUUCCCAACUCAAUAAACCUGUUUAUUGAUAACUAUCAUGUAAUAUACGCUAAAAGACUCAUCAUUAGACAAUAUAUGUUGUACACGAUAUAUUGUA